UUGACAUGACAUUUAGGUAACCUCACAUUUGAUUCUAAUAAUAAUUUGUAAAAAUUGCUAUUCAAUUAAAAUUGUAAAACAUAUGGUUUUAUUAUUUAGUAAAAAUGCGUUUGCUUCGUAUAAAUGGAACAUUUCCUAAAUUAAGAAAACUCAUAUGUAGAAAAUAUGCUCAAGCUAUACAAGCAGAGGAGAGUGAAUAUACUGAAACUCCAGUGUAUCCUCCAAUAUUAGACCAGAGCUUACAGGCUAGAAAAUUACGAGAAAGAGAGACAAUUCAUAAAAAGAUAGAAAAUAUUAAUACAGUUGAAGAAAAACAAAUUGCUUUAAAUAUGCCUCGAUAUUACGGCUGGCAAUGCGUUAUUUUACACGACGAUAAAGUACCCUACAACGCAUUACCUUUGGUUCAGCAUUAUACCAGAACUAGUUUCAAGAAUAUAGAUAAACUUCCGGAUAUAUAUACGCAAUCGUCAUCAGUAGCAGACAGUGUGGUUCAAGAAAUAAAACCACAUAUUGAAGAAUGCAUAGCCAUAGAAAAUGAGGGGGUGGAGCAUAAUAUUGUGACAACUGUUCAUAAACCAGAACAACAACAAAUUGAAAAUGCAAAGACAAGAAAUAUUGUCAAACAAAUAAACAGAAUCAUAUCAAACAAUUUGACUGAUAAGGUGUCGCACAUUCUAUCGUCACAGGUUGACUAUGAUCCUCGUCAUGAAGCAUUCUGGUUCAUUGGUGGUGUUGAUGUCCCAAAUAAUGUAGUUAAUUGGAGGAAAAAAUUUAAAUGGCUAAAAGAUAGAGCACAUGAACCUCUUGACAGGCCUGUACAAUACUUAGGCUCUCCAUUGUUAACAAUGAGGAAUCAGCUACCUCUGAAGCCAGUAAUACCGUAUAGUGAAGCAGAAAAUCCAGAAUUUAAAGUGCCUGUAUAUUCCUGCGUGCCAGAAACUUUAGGAUAUUAUUCAAAUUAUCGACAUGGUACUAAUAUUCCAGGUUUUUGGCCAGGUGAUUUUGAUGAAUUUGGUAUGCUAUCAUAUCACGGCCGGGGUCACCUUCUAGACAGAAGUGAAUCAUAUGGUGCAGAAGACAACUUGGAAGCACUCCAUUGUCAAGCUAUUAAGGCUAGUUUCGGAUGGCUCUUAGCUCAGGCCAAUUAUAAAGGUUUUACAACAUACAAUGACCUGACAUAUCCUUUAGUUACACAGACUGUCAUAACCAAUGGUCAUCUAAUGUCUUUUUAUGUCUAUCAGUUAAAUACUAUUACCAUGCACAGCGAUAAGGUUGACAAUAACCCAAAAUAUAACGUAUGUUUUGGUACAAAGCCAUUGGCAUUAUAUGAUUCUAUUGAAAACGGUAAAGUAAAAGGCUUGAAUGAAGAUGUAUUGAAAAUGUUAGUACAAUUUUAUUUAAAUGCCCCAGAAGAAAGAGACCAUGAGAUGGCGCCCUUUCUAGGCAAGGAGGAGCAAAUAAUUGCUGAUAUUGAAGAUGACAACAGGCGCUGUUGGUUAGAAUCAACAUACAAACAUAUAGUUUCAAACAGACCUAAACAUCUCUUGCCACCGGAACUUUAUCUCUGGGAAAAGAUAUACAAGAUUAAAUUUAAUACUCGAUUUUUCGAAGCCAAGAGAAAACCAUUUGAAUUUGAUAUUAAUCCAUUCAACAGGCGACUCGAUGAUCAUUUACCUCCCUAUAUUCCGAAAGUGUUAAGGCCUUAUCCGAGAAGCAAAAAGAAGUUUGAAACAACUUACUACCCAAAAGUCUAAGUUAAAUAAUGUAAUACUUAACGUUAUUAAUAAAUUAUAGUCAUAGUCAUAUAAAAAAUGUUUUUCUUUCAAUUGA